AGCGCGCAGUAGAGGAGCCGUGUGUGCAGCGUGCGGUAUCUGUGCGUUUAUAGAGAACCCGGACAGCGGACUAGAGCAGAUCUGUGUCAUCAUGGAUCGGUACGGAAAUCUUUCUGAUGAUGGUGAAGUGGAUCACUCCUUUUUUGACAGUGAUGACGAGGAAUCGAGACGACCGGGUGUCACUACAUCGGUUCACGCUACAUCCGAACGCAAGAAAAAUAAUCAUGAUUCUGAGUCGGAGGACAGUGAGAGAGGAGAAGAACCACCACAAGUAUCAAGGAGAAAAGAGCUGUCAAAGGAAACCCAGCCUAAGUCCUCAGGGACUGUGUUGUCCUUGGACGCUCCAAGACCCCGCAGUGCUGUAAAAUCGGGUAGGAGCUCAGCACAGAGCUUGAGAAUAGAAGCUACUAUUCCAACAGGAAUCCCCCAGAUAAGACGAGACUUCGAUGAUAAUUACUACCCAGACGAAGAUGACAGUAGUGAGGAGGAGAGCCGCAGCUCCAGACCAAAACCUACAAAGCAAACAAAUAUUGGGAAGAAGACUGCGGGAAAACACAGCAGAGACUUUCCUUCUUCCAUCUCCAGCUCCGAUACAGAGUUUUCUGAUACCACAUCAGAUGACCACACUUCGAGGUCCUAUCAAUCAUCCAAAGACAGAGCUCCUUUUUCUCUGCGUUCUCCUGAGCGCAGGCUACAUAGACCAUCCGUGAGAGACCUCAGGGACUAUGCUGAUGAGUCAGAGGACACAGUCACUGACGUGACCCCGCUCUCCACCCCUGACAUCAGCCCGAUACAGUCUUUUGACAUUGCGGCUACUAGCGAGGCGCUAAAAGCUAAAGUAAAGCGACAAGAGAACGUCAGACAGGAGUCAUGUGAUCCUGAGCUUGAUGGUAAAUCUGACCCAAAGGCUUUGCAGGACGCCAUGGACCUGAACCAGCUUCUGAAAGUGCUUCUGUUUUUUGCAGCAUUUAUGCACCUUGAUAAGAAGGACCAGGAACGGUUUUCUCUUGAUCCCCCUUCCAUCACACUCAAGAAGAACUACUCUUUCACAAAUGAUGAAGUGAGACAAAUUGACCGGGAGAACCAGAGACUACUGAAAGAACUGUCCAGACAUGCCACAAAGUCUAAGGGCAAGAGCCUAACUCCUAAGACUAAACUGAACACGACCCCAACUCGGCUGUACCACAGCACACUGAAUCGCCAGAAGGACCAGCAACGCAUCGAAAGGGAAAACAUGGCCUUUCUGAAGAGAUUAGAAUCGGUAAAGCCAACAGUUGGCAUGACCCGUUCUGAGCAGCUAAUGGAUUACCAACGUCAAGCAGGAUUCCUGAGCUCAACAGCAACAUCCCCAAGACCUGGAAAGGCUUCUGUGAGCCGCCUCAGUCAUGCAUCAUCAUCAGCUGGUGUCUCUCGGGUGUCUAGUGCCAACAGUCGAAGUAGUCGCAUGGGAAGCAGCGCAGCUCUUCUAAGACCCACAAAGUCCAGCAAUGUCCGAGCAGCUUGGAUGUGAUGACCCCACCAGGAAUUUUAUUAAUGUGUUACAAUUCAUCAAUUAAAUUAUUUUGUAAAUCAGGCUUCCUGCUGUUAUGGUGAAAUUCCUUGUCUUAGUGAGUGAGCUGUGUCAUGUGGUGUAAGGUUUAUUUAUAUUGUUUUAUACUGUAUAUGAUCUAUUUUGAUAUAGUAAUUAUUAUUCCAGAAUGCACUUAGGAGUGGGCAGUCGCUAUUUUGCCAGUUGUAUUAAAGAUAACCUUGAGGCAGAUUUACUAAUCCCAUAAAGGGCGGAAACUUAGACCGGCUGUCUAGACCU